AGGCAUAUACAGACAGCUGCUAACAAUGAGUUCGGGUCUUGGACGUCGUACAAAUGUGAAGAUAGCAGUAGGAGCUUUAGUAUGCCAGGAUUGUGUUUUGAAAGGCGACAUCACUAUUGGACCAAGAACUGUAAUUCAUCCAAGGGCAAGUAUCAUUGCAGAAGCUGGACCGAUUAUAAUUGGUGAGGGGAACAUUAUAGAAGAAAUGGCAAUAAUAGCAAACAGAUUACCAGCAGAUGCUCCUGAAUCGACAACAGUUCCCGUACAAAUAGUGGGCAAUUAUAACGUAUUUGAAACUGACUGUACUUGCGAAGCAUUUAAAGUUGGAGAUAACAACAUUUUGGAAAGCAAAUCAUACGUGUGUCGUGAAGUCGAAUUAACCACGGGCUGUAUUAUUGGAGCAUCGUGCAGAUUGACAGAAGCAGAUGUAAUACCUGAAAAUAACAUAAUUUAUGGUAGUGACUGUCAACGUAGAGAAAUGCACGAUAAGCCAUACCCUCCAUUAAGUCAAAUAGAAUACCUGUUCAAGAUUCUACCAAGUUACCAUCAUUUUCUUAAACCAAACGUACAGCCAUCAAAGAACGAGGGGGGAGUGUAACUUACUACAAAGUUAGAUAAUUAAUUUGCGAUAUGAUAAUUUAAAAGUG